AUGGCGAUGACGUUCAGAGGGAUGGGGUCGAUCCCUAAAGAAGAUGUGAAGGUGGAAAACCACAAGGUGGUACGGUGGCCACGACGCGAGGUCAAGAAGCACGGGCUCGAAAGGCCCAGAUUCUUGCCUGACCCCCUUUUUGAUCAUGAAGAAGAAGCUGGAGUUGAUCCUGAAGCUGAAAAGCUGAUCAGGAAGAAUGCUUUAAAGAGGUCUCACGCGGAGACGCAACCUGAAUCCUCCCCCGCCGUGAAGAAGGUUGCCGUUGGCAAGCCUGCUAUCAGGAAGAAGGGAGAUUUAAGGGACUUGUAUACCGAGGUCUCUCCUGAGAUCUCGAAGAAGCCGGCUGCGCGGCCAAAACCCACUGUUCUUCCCCCUAACACUGCCGCUGAGAAGAAAGAAGCUGAGUCUUCUAAGGCUGAAAAAAGGCCUAUUGAUAUCACUCUGUAG